UCUGCGGUGACGCUCCACGACUCGAGAUGGGGUUUGCGGAUAUUCUUGAUGAAAUCGGCGGCUUCGGGCGCUUCCAGAUGAUCCACGUCACGCUGCUGUCUAUCCCCGGGCUGCUCAUGGCCAGUCAGAAUCUGCUGAAUAACUUCACAGCUGGCAUCCCGGGACAUCACUGCACUAUCCCCAACGGGACCUCCCUCGCUGUCGGCUACAACGCUUCCGCAGUGGGGCUGGAUGACCGAGAGAUGCUGCGGGCGUUCAUCCCGAUGGAUGCAGGCUCUAAACUCGCAAAGUGCACCAGGUUCACUGAGGCGCAGUGGCAUCUCCUACGGACCAAUGUGAGCGUAACUGGAACGCCGGCCAAUUUAACGGACCUAGAAACAGAACCGUGCCAAGACGGCUGGACCUACGAUAGAACAGAAUUUCGGGCCACCAUAGUCUCGGAGUGGGAUCUGGUGUGCACACUCCGCCCACUCAAGCAGAUGAGCCAGACCAUCUACAUGGGGGGUGUCCUUGCAGGAGCCAUCAUUUUUGGGGGACUGUCAGACAAGUUUGGCCGCCGAGCGUUGCUGAUAUGGUCCUACUUCCAGCUGGCCACGCUGGGCACCUGCACGGCCUUCUCGCCCUCCUACCUGGCCUACUGCGUCUUCCGCUUCCUCACCGGCAUGUCCGUGUCCGGGGUCAUCCUCAACGCUGUCUCCCUCAAGGUGGAGUGGAUCCCCACAAAGUCACGCACAGUGGUUGGCACCAUCUCUUCCUUCUUCUUCACCUUCGGCCAGAUGAUCCUGGCGGGCGUGGCCUACAGCCUGCGGGACUGGCGCAAGCUUCAGGUGGCUGUGUGUGCCCCCUUCUUCAUCUUCUUCCUCUACAGCUGGUGGUACUCCGAGUCUGCUCGCUGGCUGGUUCUGAACCGCAGGUCUGAGGAUGCCCUGAGACAGAUCCAGAGAGUGGCCCGCAUCAAUGGCAAACCGGAGCUGGCCGAGAAAAUCACCCUGGAGGUCCUGGAAUCCCACAUGCAUAAAGAGGUUCAGUCCAGCAAGACGAUCUACACGGUGUACGAUCUGCUCCGGACACCAGUGAUGAGGAGGAUCUCCAUCUGUCUCAUGGUCGUCUGGUUCUCCACCAGCUUUGCUUACUACGGCCUGGCCAUGGACCUGCAGAAGUUUGGCGUCAGUAUCUACCUGAUCCAGGUGAUCUUCGGGGUGGUGGAUUUUCCCGCCAAACUGGCGGCGCUGGCGUCGCUGAGCUUCCUGGGGAGACGCAUCACCCAGGGCACCUGUCUGAUCCUGUCAGCGCUCGUCAUCUUCGCCAACAUCUUCGUCCCCACAGAACUGCAGACCAUACGGACCACCCUGGCUGUUUUAGGCAAAGGGUUCACCUCUGCCUCCUUCACCUGUGUCUACCUCUUCACAGGAGAGCUGUAUCCCACCAUCAUCAGGCAGACAGGCAUGGGUUUCUCCUCCACCAUGGCUCGGAUUGGCUCCAUGGCGGCGCCGGCGGUUCUGAUCCUGGACGAGAUUCUGCCCGCCCUGCCGAGCAUCGUGUACGGGGGCUCGGCCGUGGUGGCCGGAAUCUUCGCCUUCUUCCUCCCCGAAACGCUUAACGUGCCCCUGCCCGACACCAUCGAGGACGUGGAGGAGAAAUGGGCAAAGCGAAAGGCAUCAGAGAAGAAGCAGGCGGAGAAGGAGACGGUGGCUCUGCAGGAAGUGAAGGAGAAUGCUGAGACUGAGGACAGCAAAGCCACCGGCCUGAACGCUCUCUGAGACGCAGUGACGACUGCACACACACGCACACACACGCACGCACACACA